AUGUCCGCCACUCGUAACAUGCUCCAGACGUACGGAAAACGGGGAAUUUAUGUUUCCCUAGCCGCCGCGAUCGCCUCGACUGUCGCCUUCAACGCCUUCUACGUCUGGCCACGUCAUCACAAGUAUGAGGAGUUCUUCGCAAACUACGACCCAUACACCCGUAUGAAGGAGAUUUGUGCCGCCAACAAGGGAUACAUGCACACCUGCCCAAAGGAAUUGGCCAAGCUCUACGAGGAGAAGGGAAAAUCGAUUGCCGAGCACUAA